AUAUGUAAUAACGGCUCCCAAAUACUUUGAGAAGGAAAAAAAAAAAAAAAAACCUGAGGGGAAAGAUGGUUGGAGAAGUGGAGAAGAUGGUGACAGUAGGGCUUGUUUGGGGAGCGACGAAUGCCCUAAUGCGAAAAGGAGCAAUCAAAUGGGACGAAACCAUCAAAUCAUUACCUCAAUCAAACACACCGCAGCACCCAGUGAUUACCACUCUCAAGAAUUGGUUCAAACUUGUGUUAAUAUGGCAGUAUUCAUUGCCAUUUAUUGUAAACCUGUCAGCAUCAGCUACUUUCUUUGCAAUUCUGAGUGAUACACCAAUUUCAUUAGCUGUUCCUGUUACUAAUGCCACCACUUUUGCUGCCACUGCUGUUUUUGGAUUGAUUCUUGGUGAAGAGACACGUGUUGGUCUUGCUCUUUUUGAAGUUCUCCAAAAAUGAAAGAGAAAAGCUUUGAAUCUGGGUGAGUUAAUCGUAACGUCCUCGGACGCUCUAUGAUUUCUCUUGGCCACUAUAAACCACAUUAGAGCAUGAGGGAGUCGCCUGUCCGUCCUAUUCAGGCCUCUAGUUUUCCACAAAGCCCAGUUUUUGUAGUGGCUUCAUCACAGCUGCUUUCAAAAACUAGCAUAUUCAAACAAAUUGAACAUAAUUUUUGUAAUUUAAUACUUUAAUUUGCAGCAGUAAUAGGUCAAAGUUUUUCCUACUCUCCUUGUGCAUGACAUUGUGAACUGGGUAUGUUUCAAGUAACUGCAACUUCAGUCUCUUGAAUCCAAACAGAUCUUGUCAUGUUGAACUCUUGAAUACAUA